AGAUCGUCCUUUAUUUAUAAUCUUUAAUGAAACUUAAUCUAAAAUUGAUUAGAAUUCGGACAAGAAUGUGAACGCAAAUAUCCGGCAAUGGAGACGACGACAUAAAUUGUAAACUAAACGUCAUAGUUUGCGACGGAACACCGUAUAUCACAACUUAAUGAAUUAUUAAAGUGUCACAUUAAAUGACUUAAGUACUACAUCUGUCACUGUGUGUCCGACUAGAGAGCGAGGAGGGAGACCGGCCAGCAAUACAGCGGGCAUGAAUGGAGAGGCGAACGCAAUAAAUAAUAAUGGCGAAAUUGUCGGAAGUAUUCCCGAUGUUGUUUUGACGAUUUGCUCAAGACAAAUUGUAGACGAGGCGCCCGUUAAUAUUGGGGUCGGUACCGAAAUACAUAGUGGCGGUGAGGGAACGGCAGUAGGCGGCAGGCGGCGCACGCGCCGACCGCGCGCAGCACCUCCCAGAUCUCGAUGUACCGGCUCAUUUACGACACCCGCGCUAUAUUUAACCGCUGCGACCAGAUUAAUAUCUGCAUGUUACUUCACAAAAAUAAGUGAUCCAUUCCCGAAAAACGACGAGUGUUGUGAAAAUUGAUCUGCAGUGCCAGCCCUGUGUCAGAUAUAAAUGUGUUAACUGGAUAAACAAACUUCGUGUUCUGUAAUUCAUUGCUACACAGGAAGUAAAUAAUAUUUCGCGGCGGACACCGGCCCUCUGAAAUGAACCCGCCGUCGGCGUUGCACGGCGCGAUGAGCCGGGACCGAAAGCCUUUCACGUACACACCCGGCGGGCUCGAUCUGUCCGAGAUCAAGUCAGAGCGCAUGGCCAAAAGACUGAUGCGGAAUGCGAUGAACCAAGGUGUUCCCGACACGCCGGUGCACCACGUACAACAGCAAGCACCUACAUCCCCAGUCAUAGUUCCAAAUUUCAAUUGUUUACCUGUGCAAGUUUUUCCAUCUUUCAAUCUACCGGCAAAUCCGAAGUCUUUGUUGCGGACGAGGAGUAUCCCAAGUCAGUCGCAGGAACCUCCCGCGCCACGAUUGGUUCAACCAUCACAGUUUGUAAACAAAACAGAGCCACCUGUUGGGGAAUAUGACACAUACAGUAGGCCCAUGCAGCAGUAUACACAGAUAAACAAAAACAGACCGGCGUCUAUGUAUGAGUAUAGUUCAACGCCAAAUAAUCCUUAUUAUGCAUUACCGAAUUAUAACAUUGAGUACUCAUCGCCUACUCUUCCAGAAAUAAGUUAUGAUGCACAAUAUUUCAGUACUUCAGUGCCAAAGGUGACCACUGUUGAAAAAUUUGAAACAGACACAAUUGUCCCGACACCGGAAGUUCCAACGUUAGAUGAUAUAAAAGAUGAUUCGCCUGACACUGUCAUAGAAGUAACACGAAAGUCACCAUUGGAUAUAAUAACUGAUUAUAAUAUGACGUCAAAUUCUCCAUUGGAGAUAAAUACAGAUAAUGUGCAGAAACCAAUAGAGAAACCCGCCGAUGAUGAAAGAGAAGUGAAAGUUGUAAAGAAGACAGUGAAAAAGGAACAAAAAUCUAGCGAGCAAAAUGGAGAACAAAAUGGUGAUGCUAACAUAGAAGCAGAGCUUACGGUUAAGUUACCUACGAAAAAAUCAAGUGGCAAAACUGAAACCAAAGUCGAAGUAGUCAAAAAAGUUCUUCCUGACGGCUCUGUGGAAGAAGUUAAAACUACAACAACAAAAACAACUAUUGACGGUAGGACGGAAAUUAAAACAAAGACUGAAACUACUAUAAUACCAAAAGAUGAUGAAGAGGAGGUAGAGGAAGUAGAAGAAGAAGAGGAAGAGGAACAAGGAAAUGGGGAGGUCGUUGUAGAAGAAGUCCAUGAUGAAAAAGAGGAAGAAGUUGUUGAAGAACCAGAAAUUGAAAAAGUCGAAAAGAAAGAAAUUAAAGAAAAUGGACAAGAUGAUCCAAUUAUUAAGACUGAGGAAAGGUCCGAGUCAACAACAACUACUACGAAAAGAGUAGUGGUUGUACAGUCCGAUGAGCCCGCUGAAGAAGUAGAAGAAGAGCAAGUUGAAGAAGAAGAAGAAGAAGAAGUUCAAGAACCUGAACCGGUUACAGUAGUCGUCAAAAAGAAAACUGAAAAGCUUGAAACUCCUCCACCACAAUCGGACGAAGAAGAAGAAGAAGAGGAGCAAGUUGUAGAAGAACAAGAAGUAAAGAAAGAAGCCAAAGAGGAAUUAGAAGUUAAAAAACAAGAAGUAGAAGAACAUGAAGAGGAGAAAGAGGAAGAGGUAGAAGAAGAGGAGCCUGUGAAAAAGGAAGCAGUUAAAGCGUCACAACCAGAAGAAGACGAGGAAGUAGAAGAAGAGGAAGAAUAUGAAGAAGCUGAAGAGGUUGAGGCACAAAAAGAUGUGAAAGUAAAUGAAAAUGUGGAAAAACUUGAAGAAAAACUAGAGGACAAAUCGCCUAAAGAAGAACCACAAACACCAAUAGAGGAUGAAGCAGAGAAACCUUCCGAUGUAACAGAAUCUAUUAGAUCAGAAGAAACAGUGAAGGAACAUAUAGCUGAACAAAAGGAAGUCAAAGAACAAGAAAAGGUAAUUAUAAUAGAACGCUCUGACGCUGAGCCACAGGCAGAAUCUAAAGUACCACUGCGAGAGCCAUCCAUACCUCUGGACAAAGUGGAAGACAUUGAAAUUAAGCCCAUUGGUCCUCCUGGUGUCAUUACCAAGACUCAUACAGAAAAAACAGAAAUCAUCACCCGAACUUCCCCUCAACCACCAGGCGUACUAAGUACACAAACAGAAUACAAUAAAGUAGAAAAUAUUGUCACGGUAAAUAGGACUAUAAAUACGUUAGACAAUACUUUUGAGGGUAUACCACCAAGUGUUCCUGAUGUUAAAACUUACUUCGCACCAAACAGAGACAGGGUUUUGGCAUCGCCAAUGCUAUCUAGACCUUAUCAGCCCGUGUAUCCAUCAGAACCAACGACGGAAAGACGGCACAGUCUAUUAUUAGAGAGGUUGAGUGUGGAACGGCAAAUGCCUUCUGAAAUUUACCACAAUCAAACUUAUGAACAACAAAGGCAAUGGUCGCAGGAGCCGCAGUCGGAAAUUUUGACUAUUAGUAAUGUGAAGCCGAGCACAAUAAAUAAACAACAAUGGUAUCAGCAGAGAGACACUACAUACAGCAACGUUACUCCUACUCCUCCUGUUGCUCCAACACCUUCCUGGUCGCAACCGCAACCAAAGCCCCAAGCACAGCCGACUUACAAACCUCAACCGACAUACGCACCACAACAAACGUACCAACCGUCACCAACACCACAGAUAUACCAGCCUUCACCGGGACCGCAGCCAACAUAUCACACUACACCUGCACCACAGCCAACAUACCAACCGUCACCAACACCGCAACCACAAUACCAGCCACCGCCAACACCUCAACCACAAUAUCAACCCGCACCGGCACCCCAACCACAAUACCAGUCGUCUUACUCGGAUACUAUACAAAACAACUCUUCCAGCAAUUAUUCGUCAUACACGCCCAAACCAACUAUUUGGCCGCCUCCUAAAUUUGAGCAGGCGUCGACACCAACACCCCAACCUGCUCAUUACACCUCAGAAUCAUAUCAAAAAUCCACGCAACAGUACUCUUCGUCUUACGUGCCACCUCCAUGGGAACAGGAUUCGUCCUACGUCCCCGACAAUUCAAGCCAGAACUACUACCAACCACCACCAGCUAACACGUUUGCUCCCGCCCCAGCACCAGCUCAGAGCUGGAAACCGCCAGCAAGUAAGGGCAAGUUCUCAAAACCAACUCCGACUUCGUACAUACCUCCUGCCCCGAACCAAUCCUUUGUUAAGCCUGUAAGCAGUGCUGAUAUUCCGAGAGGGCUUCCUGGCCGUAAAACUUACUACAGCGAGUACGAGAGACGCUACAUUAGCGUGCCUGAGGCAAACUACGUACCACCAGAGACCAAGUAUCAGCCGCAGCCCGACCCAUCACCGCAAUACUAUUACGACAACAACGAGCCAUCGGAAACAGUCGAGCAUCAAUGGAGAAAGGAGCUUCGUGAAUUUACUGAGAAAACAUCUCAAACCCAGACUCAAACUGAGCAAACAUCGGUAAGGCCACCGUGGGAGGUCGAUCCCAAGUAUGCGAAGACUCCGGAAUCUACAUUCACGCAAGCCCCUACGCCAACGUGGAGUCAGACUUUACGGCCCCGCUCGUGGCGUGAAAGGAGUUUUGAAUCAGAAUUCGUUGGAUCUCAAGAAUGGCCGAAGACAAGCACUUUGGGUAGAGGAAGGCCUUUGUCCACUUACAGCAAGAACGAGAGUGCCUUUGAAAGGACUAGGGGAGUGUCGGUCGACAGGUACAACCCGAAUAACUACCAGUCGCCGAGUUCCUUGGAGCACCCGCCGGUGCAGACGCAUACACUGAACCCAAACCCUGCUCCGCACACGGGCUACCAUAACCCCAACGUGCCUGCGUACCACGCUCGCGUCUCAGCUGAACCGAGAGAGCAAGUAAGCUACAAGCAACCGCGUGCAGUGGUGAGGGAGCCACGCGCCAGUCCGUUCCAAUCAAGAUCCUUCAAGUACCUGCAAUGGAUCACCGGCACGGACGACUAAACGUUUAGAUAUAAGUAACCUCCAUUUACAAUUUACGGAGAUUUAUAUUGAUGUUAAUAAUAUUGCUUUUUAAUUUAAUUACAGCGUUUCUAUGGAGGGUUUAGGAAGGAUUCGCACUAUCGAUUUCUGAGAGACUAUAACAAUGAUCAAAAGGAAUAAUUGGUUUCAAAUAGAUUAAUUAUUAGAGAGCCAACUGAAUGCAUUAAAUACCACACGAUAAGCAUUAUAUUGCCAGUGGUGGAUAAUUUAUCAUCUCUUUGAUGCUAUUAAUAAGUUUGGCCGCAAACGCAACAGAAUUGAUAGUGUGGGUUCCAUCUUAAUUAAGAAAUGUGAUUGUGGAUUUAUUUUAGGUUAUAAAUAAUUUUCCUUCGUAACUAUCCUAAAAUUCUUUGAAUCGAAUUCGAAGAGAUUUUUAUGAAGCGAAACACAUGUCUGGUGGAUGUAUAGGGUACGAAAA